AUGCUGCCGAACGAUCAGGAAGUUGGCGCCUCGACGCGCUCACUACAUGCAGACGAUGUGCUCAAUGUUGUCACCGAUGUCGCGCCUCCAAUCCAUGUUGCGACCACUUUCCGCUACUCCGACGACCCAGCCAAGUUGAUACCGGCAGCAGAUCUCAGUGGGAAUGUCGAGGCAGAAUCAUCGCAUGUGUAUUCACGCCUGUCUGCGCCAAACCCGACUCGAUUCGAAGCUAUUCUCUCGUCUCUGCUCAACGCUGAAGCCAUCAGUUACUCAUCAGGGCUGUCGGCGUUUCACGCCGCCCUUACUCUGCUGAACCCUCGUCGGGUAUCGAUCGGCAAAGGAUAUCAUGGAUGUCAUGGUGUGAUUGAUAUUUUUAGCCGCUUGACCGGGCUCCAGAAGCUGGACUUGGAUUGCCCAGCUGAGCAGCUGGAGGCCGGGGAUGUUAUACAUUUGGAAACUCCGGUCAAUCCUGAAGGAACGUCUUUCAACAUUGCCGAAUACGCUAAGAAGGCACAUUCUAGAGGAGCUUAUCUUAUUGUCGACGCGACUUUUGCGCCGCCGCCUUUGCAAGAUCCAUUCGAGUUCGGCGCCGACCUGGUGAUGCAUUCCGGGUCCAAGUACUUCGGAGGACACAGCGAUGUCUUGUGUGGGGUUCUGGCCACCCAAAACAAAGCCUGGGCGCAGCAAUUGUUCAAGGACCGUGUAUUCCUUGGUAGUGUAAUGGGCAACAUGGAGGGUUGGCUGGGCGUGCGGAGCCUGCGAACCCUGGAGGUUCGCGUACAACGGCUGAGUCAGAACGCAACGAAUCUAGUUUCGUGGCUUCACAAUGCGCUGCAGACGCCAAACCCCGUCGCAGGAAGCGACGAAGAGGCGACUCAGAAAGUGCUCGAGCAGGUCUUCCACUCCAGCCUCCAAAAGGAAGACGAGUCCUGGCUGUUGAAGCAGAUGCCGAACGGGUUCGGACCUGUCUUUUCGAUCACCAUGCGAGAGGAAGGGUAUGCGCGCCACUUGCCGAGCAAGCUUGCGCUGUUUCAGCACGCGACCAGCCUUGGAGGCGUGGAGUCGUUGAUUGAGUGGCGGACGAUGUCGGAUAAGACCGUGGACCGGCGGUUGCUGCGGGUUAGCAUUGGCCUGGAGAACUGGGAGGAUCUGAAACGGGAUUUGGUGAAUGCGUUCAGAGCGCUGAUUAGCUAG